AUGUCGAGCAGCGGCGUGGCGAGCGGCCCGGUGAGCCAGGUCUGUCGGCCGCAUUUCCACAGCUCGGUGUUGCACCCGUGGCUGUCUGGCAGCGGUGCGGACACGUCGAAAACACCGUGGGGAUUCCCGACGACGACCGGCUCGACCGGCGGCGGGGCGAUCAGCGACGACAAACCGCAGAGCCCGCUUGGUUCCUCGCUACCACCGAGUACCGGUAGCCUGUCGAGUCACGGCGGUGCCGGUGCCGGUCAUCACCUUUUCUCGUUCCCGCCGACGCCUCCGAAAGACGCCACUCCCGACAGCAUCACCGCCAGCACCACCUCGAGCAGCACCAACAACAACAACAACAACACCAGCAGCGCCAACAAUAACAACAACGCCAGCAACAACGCGAGUAACAACCCCCUGUCCGGUUUAGGCGGCGGCGCGAGCAGCGAGUACCAAGCGGCGGUGGCGCACGCGGCGGCGAUGGGCGUGUUCAUGCACCAUCAGGACGCGCUUGGUGGCGGUGGCGCGAGUUCCUGCGACGUGAAGCCGAGCGUGAUGCUCGGCCACCAUCACGGAGCGCCGUCGCCGCCGCAUCAGCAGCACAACGGGACGACGAACGCCGGGAACGGCGGGGCCGGGGCGAACGGCGGCGGAGCGACCGGUCAGGUGAAGCAACGCGAAGGUAAUAACCAAUCGGGCAACGUGUCCGGCAGCCAACAGGCGAGCACCACGCAACAGCAACAGCAACAGCAGCAACAACAACAACAACAGCAGCAAGAGGCGGCGUAUCAGGGGAACAACGUGGGGGCGGGCGGUGGUGGCGGCGGUGGCGGCGGUGGCGCUAGUUCACCGUCGUGCAGGGACAGUUACGCGGCCGCAGCCGCCGCCGCUGCCGCGGCCGCGGCCGCGGCUGCCUCCAACACCCACCACGCCACCUCCGGAUCCCAGUACGACCCGGCAACCAGCGCGUAUAACAUGUACCAGCACCUGCAGUAUCCUAGUACCACCCACCAUCAUCACCAUCACCAUCAUCACGGCGCCUCCUCGUCGUCUUCUUCGUCUUCGUCCCACAAUCCGCACAACGGGUCCGCGGUUACCGGUAUAUUCGGGCAUCACGCGGCGGCGGCGGCCGCCGCCGCCGGUGCCGGCAACGCGGCCGGCGUGGCCGGCGUAAACGUCGACUCGAAGUUGUUGGUCGGUCACGCGCACGCCAACACGCCGAGCUCGCCGUCCGCGCAGCAGCAGCAGCAGCAAAAGCCCAGGAACAAGUCGAGGACGUCCGCCGAGGGUCGCGAGUGCGUGAACUGCGGCGCAACAUCGACACCUCUGUGGAGACGGGACGGCACCGGUCACUACCUCUGCAACGCCUGCGGACUCUACUACAAGAUGAACGGGCAGAAUCGACCUCUCAUCAAGCCGAAACGACGCCUG